UGCCCACGUUGUCUAAUUUCAACCUAUACUAACCCCAAAUUCAAUUUGAAAUCCGUAACUGCCCAAAAGAAUAUACCUUUGCCCUUUUCUUCCCUUUCCUUUGAACCAAGCAGAAAACCCCUGCAUAACUCUCUGCUUCCAUUUAAAAGAACCGCCUUUCACCAUUCUUCCCAAUGGAUUCUCCAGUAGAAACUCCAACACCAACCCCUCUUUAUGAAACCCUAACCCCGCUCUCGCUUCCCGCUCCUAAUCAAUCACCACCAUCCGAUCCUCUCGAGCCAUACACCGUUUUCCGCAAUGAGAUUUCUCUCUCAUCUGUCAAUUGCUCUACCGCGGACUCUGCUGCACCUGAUUUCUUCUCUCUUGACGUUGGCGCCGCCGGUGAAGAGGAAGCGGAGCCAAAGACGCCGAGUGGAGUAGUGGAGUCGAAUACCCAUUCAACUCGAAAAUCUAAGCUGCAAACGGCGCCAGAGUCGAGGCUGGAGAGUAGUUGGUUUAGAGGGAAUAGUAACUUUAGGAGUCCAAUGCUACAGUUACAUAAAGAGAUUGUAGAUUUCUGCAAUUUUCUCUCUCCUACUCUUGAGGAACAAGCUGCACGCAGUGCAGCAAUAAAAUGUGUCUUUGAUGUUAUUAAAUACAUAUGGCCCAAUGCCGAGGUAGAUGUUUUUGGUUCGUAUAAGACAGGACUUUAUCUUCCAACAAGUGAUAUUGAUGUUGUGAUCGUGGGGUCAGGUAUAAAAAACCCUCAAAUUGGUUUGCAUGCUCUUUCCAGGGCAUUGUCUCAAAAGGGCAUUGCAAAAAAGAUACAGGUGAUUGCAAAGGCUCGUGUGCCAAUUAUCAAAUUUAUAGAAAAACAAAGUGGUUUUUCAUUUGAUAUAAGUUUUGAUGUGGUUAACGGACCAAAAGCUGCCGAAUUUAUUAAGGAUGCAGUGUCCAAGUGGCCUGCUCUACGACCAUUAUGUUUGAUCUUGAAAGUGUUUUUACAACAGAGAGAACUUAAUGAGGUAUACUCUGGGGGCAUAGGUUCUUAUGCCUUACUUACUAUGCUCAUGGCAGUGUUAAAGAAUCUCAGGGAAUGUGAAGCUUCUUCAGAACAUAAUUUGGGAGUCCUUCUGAUACACUUUUUUGACUUUUAUGGCCGUAAAUUGAACACCACGGAUGUUGGUGUGUCUUGCAAUGGGACAGGCACCUUCUUUUCAAAGCGUAGGAAAGGGUUUAUUAACAAGGGACGGCCAUUUCUAAUUGCCAUUGAGGACCCACAGGCUCCGGAUAAUGAUAUUGGCAAGAACUCGUUCAAUUACUUUCAGAUUAGGUCAGCUUUUUCAAUGGCCUAUUCAAUAUUGACAAAUCCCAAGACCAUCUUAAGUUUAGGUCCAAACAGGAGCAUUCUUGGUACCAUAAUUAGACCAGACCCAAUUCUGAUGGAGCGUAAAGGAGGACACAAUGGGGAGAUGACUUUCAAUAGCCUACUGCCUGGAGCAGGGGAACCAAUACAGUCACAUUAUGAUCACCAACAGGAAAUUCUAGGUAACUGGCAGGUAGGGGAAAUAGAAGAAGACCUGCCACGGGGAGGUGGAAUUGUUGGAGACAGCGGUGCACAGUCUUCUGGAAAGAAGAGGAAAUCUUCUUCCAAAGACAAGUCUAGUAAGAAAAAGCAAAAUGGAGUUGGUCAUGAAGAAAUUGGCUCAAGAAAAGAAAGGAAGAAACAACGCUGGAGACAUAACCGAAAUGUUGCCAAUGGAUUUAGUAAUGAUGUUCGUGGAUCUCCAUGGAGCCAUUAGAAGCAUUGCCUGCGUGAACUUUGGCAUGACUCAGUCUCAGGUGAUUAUUCAUUAUCUCCUGUGUGGUUUUCUUAUAACCACUAGAAUCAGCGACAAUUCGCAGAUCAAGCUUGCUGUUAAUGGUGCCAACACUAGAACUGUGGUAACAGAUGUGAAUUCCAACUGUCCUCGUGUAAAUUUAAUGGCAACUUUUUCACUGGCUUUAGAGGACAGCAUAAAUCUUCAUCUUGCUGUUGGAUCAUCUAUGCUUGGUGGAUCCGACAUUUCUCAUUUCCUGAUGACCACUUUGUAGUCAACAAUUUAGUGGCAUGGAUUAACUUAUUUUUUCUUUGAGUUUUGGAACGUUGAGCAUACUACAACAAACAGUCGCGAGGACAAAAAAAAAAAAAAAAAA